AUGGGAGUACCUCAUUUCAGCAAAAUAAUAGCAGUGACAUUGAUUAUAUUUUGUUUAGCCAAUGUUAGCCAUGGACUACGGACUAAUCCGUCAUCCCAACACUCUGUUUCAAAUUCCUACACAGCAUAUAACCCAACAUUGACCAAUCAUUUCGAAAGUCUUGAUUCUACCGGUUGUCAUGAUUGCUUAAUGGGAUAUGUUUGUAUAAAUAAUAAUUGCUCUAAAUGUCAUACCGAUGAACAAUGUAAAGAUAGUAUGGGAUCACAAGCCGUUUGUCCUGCAAGCGGUAUCUGUCAACAUAAAUCAUUGUUCCACAACCAAAUCACUGCACUCGAUAUUGUAGGAAUGGCUUUACUCUUCUUGGGUUGUGCAUUGUCAUCCGGUGGUGGUGUUGGAGGUGGUGGAAUCUACAUCCCAAUUUUAAUUCUCGUUAAUAAGUUUAGUCCAAAGACUGCUAUUCCACUUUCAAAUUGUUUGGUAGCAGGUUGUUCAUUUGCAAAUUUAAUUCAAAACUUCCCAAGAAGACAUCCACAUGCAAACAAGCAUCUUAUCGAUUAUAGUGUAGUGCUUCUGAUCGAACCACUCACUCUUGGUGGAACUGUGUUUGGUAUCUACUUGCACACUGUCUUGCCACCCUAUGUCAUCUUGAUUUUAUUGGUAGUCACUCUGACUGCUACUUCUGCAACCACCUUUAAGAAAGGUCUUGAUUUAAGAAAGAAAGAAAACACCAAGAAAGAAUAUUUAUUAAUUAACAAUAAUUCCGAUGCAUAUUUAACACCAGAAAAGAAAGUUAAUCCAUUCUUAGAUGCAGAUUGGGUAAAGAUAUUCGCUAUUCUAUCAAUUUUAAUAUUAUCUACAAUGUUCUCUGUGUUUAAGGGAGGUGAUUCAGAGGUGAGUUUGAUUGGAAUCAAGUUGUGCUCACCACCAUAUUGGGUGUUGUCAUUUGCUAUCUGGCCGAUCAUUAUCAUCACAUGGAUAUUCACUGCAAGAUACUUGUAUGGUCAAUGGUUGAGAAAUCAGGCAGAUGGAACAAUCAUUGAGGGUGACAUCCGUUAUUCACGUAAAACCAUCAUCUUGUUGGGUAUUCUGAGUGUGGUCGCCGGUAUCUUGGCAUCGCUACUCGGUAUUGGUGGAGGUAUGAUUAAAGGUCCAGUUCUGUUGGCAAUGGGUCUGAGUCCAGACAUUGUCGCCGCCACCUCUAGUUUUAUGAUUCUCUUUACAUCGGCAUCGUCUGCCUUCCAGUAUAUCCUGUUGGGUAAGCUUCGUUUGGACUAUGGUUUGGUCUACUAUAUCAUUGGUUUCGCAGCUUGUUUCGUCGGAACUCAAACCUUGAUCUGGGUGGUCAACAAAUACAAGAAGAGAUCCUACAUUAUUUUCUUGAUCACAGCUAUCAUUGUUAUCAGUACCAUUCUAUUGGUCGUCACCGAAGUAUUGGAUUUGGAGAAAUACAAGAAUCAACCAUUCCAAUCCAUCUGUUCUCCAGGUUCAGGUGGAAGUUCUUAA